AUGGUUCAAGUAGAAGUAGAGGAGUAUACUCAAAGGAUCAAUUAUUGCCGCAUUCAUGACCUUAUGUUGGAGCUGUGUUUAUCAAAGGCAAAAAUAAAUGAUUUUCUUGGGAUCAUUCAUCUCCAAAGCGAUGAUCUAGCUAAUUGCUUAACCACCACAACAUCGACAACUACUGCUCCUAAAAUACGCAAACUUGCAAUUCAUUUGAAUAGGGAUGUCAAAAGAGUUGUCCUCCCUAAAUUGGAGAUAACUAAACAUCUAAGAUCCAUAUUGUUCUACAAUUCAAGGAGUGUCAAGAACGUAUGUUCAAUAGAGUUGAACUCCCAUUUGAAGUACUUCAAAUUGCUUAGGAAUUUGGAUCUUGAUGCAUUUAAGUUGGACGAAAAGUCAGUCGAAUCAAUAGGCAACCUAAUUAGCUUGAGGUACUUGAGCUUUAGAGGUUGUUUCAUACCAAAAUGGCAUUCGUCUAUCUGCAAGUUGAAACACUUGCAAACCUUGGAUUUACAAUAUUGCCAGUUCAACUUAGGUGAAGUAAUAGUCAUACAUGGAAUGGAACAAUUGAGGCAUUUGUAUAGUCCAUUGAAUUUCUAUCUCAAUGUUAAAUUCAAAUUUGAUGGGUUAAGCAACCUCGAAACAUUAGGAGGGUUUGACUCAAGAUCUUGUGACGUCAAUGAUCUGUGUAAAUUGAUCAAUCUUCGGCAACUAGAAAAUGCAACUUUUUGGCAGAUGGACAAUCAGGACUUAGUGGCUUUCAUCUACCUACGCAUCGGUACCGACCACCUCCGACCAACAUCCUUAUCAGUUCGAUUUUGCAAAAAAGAAGAAGAAGAGUUGACUCUUCUCAAACAACUGUUAGGGUGUCACCAUCUUUACAGAUUGAGUAUUCGUGGAAUUAUUCCCGAGUUACCAGAGUACAGCCGGGGUUUCUCUCCCAACCUCAUCGAGUUAUUGUUGAUGCGAUGUAAGCUUGAAGAAGACCCUAUGCCAACAUUGGAGAGGCUACCUAACCUACAAUAUCUCUAUUUAGGUGAUUGUGUCUUUGUGGGGGACAAAAUGGUUUGCUCCGCUAAUGGUUUCCCCCAACUCAAAACCCUAUCUCUCUUUGCCUUGCGGCAGUUGAAAGAGUGGGAGGUGGAAAAAGGAGCCAUGCCCAAUCUCUCUUCUUUAGAAAUUAAUUAUUGCCGAGGACUAGAAAUGGUACCAGAGGGACUGAGAUUCAUUGCUACCCUCCAACUAUUUACAAUUAAGGGUGCACGCGAAAAUUUCAACAAGCUUCGAAGGGUCAAUGGUGAAGAAGGAGAAGAUUUUUACAAAGUGCGACAUGUGUCUUCCCUCAACAUUAGGUAA